AUGCACGAAUUCCCAGCCCGAAAUACCAUCGAGAUCAUUGUGCCACCCGGGCAUCCAAGCUCAAAACCGGUGUUCCCCCCGGGGCCCAAGAAGUGGUGGGGCCCAGGCUCCUUCCACAUGGACCCGAGGCCUCCCUACUGCUGGCUUGGAGGCGUUAAGGUUCCGAGUUCCCCCUGCUUGGAGCAGCUGCUCACUCAGCUUUCCCCAGUCACCAGCUUACCCUCCCGUGCUGUAACGCCGUUCACCAGAAGACAAACAAGUGUCAUUUGUCAGCCCGGGGCACACAGCCCAGUUGGCGACAUUCGAAGUUGA